CGCCCGCCUCCCCCGGUGCAACGACACACACACACCGGCGGUGACUCGUCACUCCGCGCAGAAAGAUGGCUGCGGUGGAGCGGACCCCGGUCAAGGAAGGGAUCCGGAUAGUUGUCCUGUGCGCCUUUUGGUACACGGUGAGCUCGGGGGGCAACGUGAUCAACAAAAUAAUCCUCAACGGAUUCCCGUACCCUGUAACGGUCUCCCUCUUCCACAUCGUCUCCGUCGUGGUCUUCCUCCCGCCGCUGCUGCGGGCAUGGGGAGUCCCCAAAACAGAGCUGCCCAGCAGGUACUACCGGUGGUACAUCUUGCCCCUGGCUUUCGGAAAGUACUUCGCGUCCGUGUCGGCUCACUUCAGCAUAUGGAAGGUGCCCGUGUCGUACGCCCACACAGUCAAAGCCACAAUGCCAAUAUGGGUGGUGCUGUUAUCAAGAAUUAUAAUGAAGGAGAAGCAGACUACAAAGGUCUACGUGUCGCUCAUCCCCAUCAUCAGCGGGGUUCUGCUGGCCACCCUGACCGAGCUUUCCUUCGAUGCGUCGGGAUUAAUCAGCGCUCUCGCUGCCACGCUCUGCUUCUCUCUGCAGAACAUCUUCUCCAAAAAGGUGCUGCGUGACACGGGGGUGCAUCACCUGAGGCUCCUGAACGUCCUGGGCUUUAACGCCCUGUUCUUCAUGCUACCCACCUGGGUUCUGGUGGAUUUCUCAGGCUUCCUGGUGAACGGGGAUCUGUCGGACGUUUCGGGAUGGACGGGCACCUUUUUCCUCCUCCUCAUCAGCGGCUUCUGCAAUUUCGCCCAAAACGUCAUCGCCUUCAGCAUUCUGAACCUCGUCAGCCCUCUCAGCUACGCGGUCGCCAACGCCACCAAGAGGAUCAUGGUCAUUAGCAUUUCGCUGCUGAUGUUGCGCAACCCGGUCACCCUCACCAACGUCCUGGGUAUGAUGACGGCUAUUCUUGGAGUCUUCCUCUACAACAAGGCUAAAUAUGACGCCAACAAGCUGAAGAAGAAGCUGCCAACCAGCACGCAGGACCUCCUGUCCUUUGACAACCCGAUGCGGGACAAGGUCCAGGCCAACGGGUCUGGGCCUUACUCCUACCCCUCCGAACAGCAGCAGAACUGGAACAAUGUGCUGACUGAUCACUUCCAGUACAGCCGGCAGACCUACACGGCAAACUACAACAGCAACCACCAGUUUGUGGUCUAAGGGAGGGCUCGGGCCUCAGCGCGGGUCGCCGCGCUCCCAGCGGGUCCUCCCGCCCCGCCCCGCUCCAAACUGGGACUGAAGGCAAGUGCUCUUUGUCACGGAUGGGGGAAAAAUGAGACGAGCCGAUCGUGACACGCCAGAGAAGUCCUCUCCUACAUCCCUCCAUGUCUUUUUUACGGCCUUGCUGCUCAUUUUUUUUAUUUAUUACGAUGCUAAUGACUGUUGGAAGUGGCUUGAUGAAAACAAAGUCUGCCCCUUCAGACGUUUUGAGCAGAGACUGAGCCACGCUGUCCUGACAAAGAAACGUGCCACAGUUGUUUAGUUUGCAAACGUCACAUUUUUCAUCCACAUCUUGCCGUAAUUAGUCAUCAGUGACUGAGAUGCACCGAUCAAUCCACUGGAAACGAAUUACUUUACUAAGUUAUCCCCAGUUAUACAUCCAAGAACGACGUCUCUAACCUUUAUCUGACUUUUGCUAAUCUCAAAAAAGUAUUGCCUAACAUUACAGGCUGUUGGCUGACUGGUUUAUAAGCUAAAAAAGGUUAGAGUUCUUAGUUUUGAUGCAUUUAAUGUGAAGCGGGGGAAUCCAAUUUCUCACUUUCUGGUCUGCUGAUCACUGAUCAGAUCCGAUCAACAGGGAGAAAGUGGACAAAACUGAUCGCUGGCAGGUUUGCUCGUUGCAUCUCUGAUCUGGAACCCUUCAGUCAAGAUCCAUCAUGUUACACCCUGGUCACCAACUAAGGUCAUGUUAUCUGCUUUUUAUGUGUCGGGUUGUGGUUUUUUUUCUUGAGGCAUUCUUUUUUAGGAGGAGAAACAAACUGUCUUCAGUGAAUAAAUCCUAAAAAAAAA